AUGGAGAAUGACCGGUUCCCGGAGCUCGCCACCGAGAGCUCUGAACCCACAGCAGAGGUGACCACCAAACGCCACUCGGCUCUGUCCCCGCCAUACUGGCAGCAUAAGAGAACCGAUUCCAACGCGACUCAGACAUCGCUUCAUCCACCGCCCAUCAGCCUCGAGGAUCAUACCGCUCCAGAGUCACCAUCCAAGAGCUCGCUGUGGGCCAAAUCCAUUAGCAUCGAUGACUAUGUUAUUGUCAAUGGCAACCCUACAGGCAUCGGCGCCUACGUGGUGUGGAACUGUAUAGUCCAGACCUUGGAUGGAGGCCCAUUGACGAUCCGUAAGCGUUACUCGGAGUUCGUCGACCUACGGUACAGAUUGAACAAGAAUUUCCCGCAGUCGACGCGGACGUCACUGCCACCACUGCCGCCGAAGAGUGCCAUCUACAAGUUUCGUCCAUCCUUUUUGGAAAAGCGACGACAAGGUCUUGCCUAUUUCCUGACCUGUGUCAUGCUCAAUCCGGAGUAUGCUGGCUCAGACGCUGUCAAGGACUUUAUAUUUGGACAUCUAUAG